UGCAAACACUCAAAUGGAUAACGACGUAACGCCGGUUUAUUUGGCUGCGCAAGAAGGCCACUUGGAAGUGCUAAAAUUCCUAGUUUUGGAAGCCGGAGGAUCUUUAUACGUGAGGGCUAAAGAUGGAAUGGCACCAAUUCACGCAGCGAGCCAAAUGGGCUGUUUAAAUUGUGUUAAAUGGAUGAUUCAAGAUCAAGGUGUUGAUCCGAAUUUAAGGGACGGUGAUGGAGCGACCCCUUUGCACUUCGCUGCCUCAAGAGGUCACCUGGAAACGGUCCGUUGGCUAUUAAAACACGGCGCGAGAUUGUCCUUGGACAAAUAUGGAAAAAGUCCGAUUAAUGACGCUGCGGAAAAUCAACAGGUCGAGUGUCUUACCGUGUUGGUUCAACACGGAGCAACACCGGAUUAUAAAGAAGGAACCGAGAAAAAACACGGAUCUUGUUCGUGUACGAGAAAGAGUGAAAAUUUUAAAAGGGGAAGCAUAAGUAGCGAUUGUUCCAGUUGCAAACACAGCUCGAUUAACUCUGCGAACUCUCAAAAUUCAUCGAAUAAUAAUAAUAUUAAUAAUAAUAAUAAUAGCGGUGGACAAGAACCGUUUUAUUUACACCCUCCGUUAUCGGCUAGAAGUUUAGAGGCUCCUCAUGCCCCUCAAGAUGGGUUAUAUAUUAACCCGAUGAAUACUCAUAAUAGACGUCCUGGAUCGGAUUGUAGCACCGGAAGUAGCAGCCAAGGGGAAUCGUUUUAUUUGCAUAAUCCGGGGGAUGUUAUUUAUAACAGGGUUAAAGAUUUAUUCGAAACUAAUUUGAAUUCGAAGCAGAAUAAUGGAUCGCCGGGAUUUUCAGCUUUAACAGUGAAGGUAGAAGUUCAUUCGAGUAGUUCUGGAGCUGGAUCCGAUGAAAAUUUAUCUUCGUCCGAUUUAUCCGAAAGAUCAACUGGGGACCAUGAACACGAUUACGAAGAUAUUUAUUUAGUUAGGGAGGAAUCGAAGAAACGAGACACGAUUAUUAAUAAUGGAAAUAAUAAUUUGAGCCAAAUUCGAUCGAGAUCUCGAGAUUCCGGAUCUCAUAGCAGAUCGGCUUCUGCGAGUAGCUCAAACUCUGGUUGUAACGUAGUUGUUAAAUUAACACCAACGGUAAAUGUUUCAACAUCGAGUGGAUUGAAAGAUUCGAAGAAGUUUAACGAAUUCCUCCCGAAACCGCAAAAACUGGAAAAAGCACAAGGUAAAAAAGAAACUUAUUCGGAAGAAGAUCAUCAUUCGUUGAUCAUUAAAGGAAAUAAGAACCUGAAAAGAACCGUUUCAGGACCACCUGAAACACCUUGCGUUCCUCCUCCUCCACCGUUUCCUGAGCGCAAAGAGGAAAUGGAUGAGCCUAGAGGGGCUGAGGUGGUUGAAGUGGUUGAGGAGCCCACUCUAAAACCAUCCGAAAUUGUUAAAGGAAUGUGUAAAAGCAUGAACUCCUUAACGUCGGCGAAGCGGUUAAAUUCAUCCUGCUCCGACUUGACCAUCAUUAGUUUAAACGAUAGUGACCAUUCAGACCAAGUUGCGCAUCUGGUUAACAAGCAAAGAGUGCUUCCGUUUAUUCCGCCGAGUUUCCCGGGAAGCUCAGAUUCAAACAACUUAAUUAAACCCUCCGAAUAUUUACGCAGCAUAAGCGACAAUAAAAGAAAUUCGGCGCGAAAUUCCUUGGAUUACGAAGAAACCGAAAUUGCCGAAAAAAAAGUCGAAACACCGCCAGAAAAAGUUAGUGUGCAAAAUCAAGGACCCCCACCUCCGCCUCUCCCCGAUUUCUUCACCAAAGAAAAAGAUAAAAUGGUGCAAAAAGAAUCAGAAAAAAAUAAGAAACAACAACCUUUAUCCGCGAUUAGCAUCCAAGAUUUAAACUCGGUCCAAUUAAGAAGAACGGAUAAAUUAGUGGCGUCAAAAACGUUUUCAGCACCAACAAGAAGUAUGAGCCUGCAAUGCUUACAAAGCGAUAAUUAUAUCGCACAAAAAUCCGAUUUAAUCGCCGAGUUAAAAAUGUCUAAAGACAUCACAGGCAUUAAAAAGAUGAAGAUCGAAAAGGCCAAAGUUGACCAAAAAGUUGAAAAGGAAAUUUAUACCGAAAUGACCAAACAAUUUACAGCAAAUAAUUUCGUUGAAAAAAUCCCCGAUAAAGAUCCAAUUGGAAAUGUUAUCCCCGCUUGGAAACGCCAAAUGUUAGCCAAAAAAGCGGCGGAGAAAGCCCGAAAAGAACUCGAAGAUCAAAUCCAACGCGAUUCGGAAGCGAAACGUUUACAAAUGAUCCCUCAAUGGAAACGGCAAUUAAUUGCAAAAAAAGAAGAGGCCGAAAUUAGAAUGAAACAAACUUUGUACACUCCAAAAGUUACGGAUGAAAAGAAAGUUCAUGAUAUGCAAGAGUGUCUCAAAACAACAUCAGAUGAGAAAAAUGAUUUAAUUAAUAAACAAGAUUUAAAUAAUAAUGGUAUUUGUAAUAAUAAUAAUAAUAAUAAUAAUAAUAGUGAUAAAGAUGAUUAUGAUUGUAACGAAGAUUCGAAUGAAACGCAUAUUAUUCCAUGGAGGGCACAAUUAAGAAAAACCAACAGCAAAUUAAAUUUGUUAGAAUAAAAUAUUACCAUUAUAAGUACUUGAUGCAAUAUUAAUUUUUAAAGAUGCUUAUUUAGAAAUAAUUUCAAUGUCUUUUGGGUUUUAUGGAAUUCUAUUCUGCAAUUUAAAAGUAAAGUAUGAAAUCGUUGUAUUAGUUAAAUAAUGAAUCCUUUGUACGUUGUUUUAUGUAAAUAAAUCUAAUUCAAUAUACGAAA